AAAUUAAUGAACAAUCAUUAUGAACCAUAUGUUAGAAAUAAACGAGAUUUAAAAGUUCCAUACAUUUCAUGUUAGGAUUACACAAACUUAGAAUAGGCUUCUAAAUUGAUACCUGCUUUGAAGUAGAUAAAUUAGAGUGAGAGACAUUUAGCAGAUGCUGUAAAUGCACAUACAUAUAUACUUCGUAGUAACAAUGAUGAUGAUAUACACAAAGUAAUAAUUAUAAAUAAUAUUAAAUAGUCAAUAAAAUAUGGAAUUUGGACAUCAAGUAAGGAAAACAAUGAGAAGUUGAAUGCAAAAUAUUUAGAAGCUCAAUAAGAGGGGAUUCCAGUUUAUUUAUUUUUCAGUGUAGUAAGAAGCGGAUAAUUUGUUGGUGUAGCAAAGUUGACAUCUGGAUACAAAGAAGAGAGUUUUCAAUAUUGGUGGGAAAUAAAGAAAUGGAAAGGGCAUUUCAAUGUAUAAUGGCUUUAUGUAAAAGAUGUACCAAAUAAACAUUUUGAGCAUCUAAGAAAUAGGUUAGAAUAAUUUAUAAUUUAAAAUAGUGAUAAUGUAGAAGUAACUAGAUCAAGAGAUGGAGUAUUUUUAAAUUGGGAAACUGGAAAAGAAAUGAUGAAAAUAUUUGAGGAAUUUUCAGAUAAAAAAAGCAUCUUGAAUGAUUUCACAGUAAUCGAUGAAAGAGAACAAGCAUUAAGACAAUACAAAUAUUAAAUGUAAUAGUAAAGAAAUCAAUAAUAAUACUAUCCUUAUUAUCCAUAUCAAUAUUAUGAUUAUCAACAAUACUAAUAGUAUCCAUAAUAAUAUCAAUAAUAUCAAAAUUAGUAUUGGUAACAACCUUAGAAAUGAUUUUAUAUAUCAUAGAUUGUUAAAGUUUCAC